GUGUGAAGUUCUUCCUGAAGAAGAGAUGAAGAUGCUGCACUUGUCUGUAAUUCUGCUCACACUGUCCGGAGUUCUCGCUCACAGUGAUUGGGGUGUGAACUAUCCCAAUAAUCCGAUCUGUGCUGUGAGAGGAUUCAGUGUCUCCAUUCCCUGUAGUUAUUAUUAUCCAACAUCAAAACCCAAUAUUCAGGUGACACAAAAGCUUUGGUGCUCAAUGAACUCAAACACAGAUAAGUGUCAAAACCCCCCGUAUGUUUAUAACAGCGCAUCAAUCACCACAUCAGACUUUGAGUACGCUGGAGACGACAAAUCAGACUGCACUUUGUUAAUCCACAAUGUACAGUUCAGUUAUUCUGGAGAGUACAGAUUCAGAUUUAUAACUGAUGUGAGCGGUGGCAUGUGGACAGGUGAACCUGGAGCGACUCUACAAGUUGCAGAUUUAAAGGUGUCACUAAUCAGGCUCAGUGGAAUCGGAACCCUUAAACAAGGAGACUCGUUAAAUCUGACGUGUGAUGUGAACUGCACACAAAGUUCCUCACAGUUUGUGUGGUCUAAGAACAACGAGCGCUUAAAUACAUCAGGACCCGUUCUUCACUUUCCUGCUGUAACCGUGAGGGAUUCUGGGAGUUACACCUGCACUUGGAAAACCAACAGGGCGUCAGGAUCUAAAGCGAUCAGCCUUCUCGUCGAGGGUGGUUGGGGUGUGAAUUAUACCACGCCGAUCUGUGCUGUGAGAGGAUUCAGUGUCUCCAUUCCCUGUAGUUAUUCUUAUCCACAGCACAAUUAUCAAGUGACACAAAAGCUGUGGUGCUCAAUGAACUCAAACACAGAUAAGUGUCAAAACCCCCCGUAUGUUUAUAACAGCGCAUCAAUCACCACAUCAGACUUUGAGUACGCUGGAGACGACAAAUCAAACUGCACUUUGUUAAUCCACAAUGUACAGUUCAGUUAUUCUGGAACGUACAGAUUCAGAUUCAUAACUAAUGUGAGCGGUGGCAUGUGGACGGGUGAACCUGGACAGAUCCUACAAGUUUCAGAUUUAAAGGUGUCACUAAUCAGGCUCAGUGGAAACGGAACCCUUAAACAAGGAGACUCGUUAAAUCUGACGUGUGAUGUGAACUGCACACAAAGUUCCUCACAGUUUGUGUGGUCUAAGAACAACGAGCGCUUAAAUACAUCAGGACCCGUUCUUCACUUUCCUGCUGUAACCGUGAGGGAUUCUGGGAAUUACACCUGCACUUGGAAAACCAACAGGGCGUCAGGAUCUAAAAUGAUCAGCCUUCUCGUCGAGGGUGACAAUCCUGAAAAUCCUGACCAUUGGUCAGUCUGGAUGAUUGUUGUGGUGACAGGUGGACUGAUUAUCAUCAUCUUAGCUAUCGCAGCUGUGAUUUACCACAGGAGGUUUCUGUGUGAACGCAGGAGUGUCCACAUUGAGCAGCAGAAGGAGGACGAUUCUGACAUCUAUGCCAAUGCCCAGCAGAAGGAGGACGAUUCUGACAUCUAUGCCAAUGCCCAGCAGAAGGAGGACGAUUCUGACAUCUAUGCUAAUGUUUAGUAGCAGCGAGCUGAUCACAGGUUCACACCUCAUGCUUUAACGCUUCUGCUUGUGAAUAAAGUCUAUUUUUAUUUUUCAGCUCAUGGGGUGUGAAACAGCAUAUUCAUUUCCUGUUUUGCAUUUGAACUUAACUGCACGUUAUAAUACUAAACUGGACGUUGUAACAAGAAAGCCAAAAGUGAAGCCAGAAUGUCUCUGAUGCCCUCUAGUGGUUGGCUGCAGAACAGUUUUUAUCGCCGUCCAUUCCCAUGUUAGUGAAUGGAGACCGAGUCAAACUUCCAGUUUAAGUUACUUCUCCACAAAUUAUUUUCAGGAAUAGUAUUGUGUCAUUUUUACACGUUGACAUUAAUAUCUCCCACAAUAUUUUUCUUAUGAUAAAUGUGUGGGUUGUUUUUAAAUUUGGUGAUAAAUAAAAAAAACGGUGUGGUUGA